AUGGUAUCGAUUGGACUGUGUGUACUGUUGUCCGCUCUUGUGAGCUGUGGAAGUGCCCGCGCGGAGGAUGUUUCUACUAGGGUUGAAGUCGAACCGGUGUAUGUCUGUGUGGACUCGGGAUUGGGGGCGAACUGCAAGCGCAAUGAACCCAGUCCAAUACCCCUCCACCAAAACGCCCUCCCCCGAGCGAUAACCACCCCCGAGCCAUCACCAACCCAGCCAUCAACAACUCAACCCAACCCACACCCAUCAUCCACCAACCUCGAUUGGCUCACAAAAACAACCAUCGAAGCCGAGACCGCCACAGCCUCGAGCAAACCAUCGUCUACCAACCCUGCUCCGAUUGUAGGCGGUGUCGUCGGGGGUGUAGCUGCGCUUCUGCUGGCUGUGGUGGGUGGGUGGCUACUGGCGCGACGGCGGACGAGGAUGACCGUGGAUGAGAGUGAUAUCGAGCGGUGGAAUGAGAAUGGGGGAGGAGCAGGAAACAACAGGAGAGAGAACAGGACGGAUGAAAGUGGGAGUGGAAGUGAGGGUGUCCAACACGAACAUCACCAAAACAAGCACAAACAACAGAAUCGACCAAGCCAAAAGAUAAAAACGGACGUCCGAGAGAGAUACGAGCCAGCACCGGAAGCGGAAAUGUGGGAUUCACGACGGCAGGGAUUGGGCAAUACCCGCAGUCCCCUGAGUCCGCGCAGUCCUCAUUCCAACAGUCCAUAUCGAUCACACCCGCUGCGGCAGAUGUCUUCACACCAGAGCCGGCGGUCUGAGAUGUCACUCGACUUGCCGAUGCAGCAUUAG